AGUUCGUUGUUUGACUUAGCUGGGAAAUUCCCGGCCGCCCAAGCUCCGCCCCGCACAGAAAUCCCCUCGGCCGAGGCGCUAUAGACGAGCGCUGCCACCGCCUGCCAGCUUCUCACAACGCUUCGCCGCGCAGUCGAACCGGAGGGCCUGUAGCUAGGUUUUUGCCCCAAGCACCCUCUCCAAGGCCAUGUUUUUCAGCCCCAUGGAUUUUACGAUGGAUUCAGUAGAUCGUAAGCCAGUGGAUUUUACGAUGGACAACCAGCCCCGCGAUGUACUGAAGGACAGGCAGGUCAGCCUGGUCCAGGACGAUCGCCACGACAGCGGCUUGGACUCCAUGAAGGAAGAGGAGUACAAAAACCUUGUCAGGGAGUUGGAAGAUAUUCGCAUCCAGCCCGCGGAAGCCUCCGUGGGCCUCCAGAGCGGCCCCUGCCAGGGCACCCAGGCUUGGAAACAGCAAGUGACUGAAGACGGAGACACAUUUCUCCAUCUUGCAAUUAUACAUGAAGAAAAAGCCUUGAGUUUGGAAAUCAUUCGCCAGGCAGGACGCGAUGCGGCCUUCCUGAAUUCUCAGAAUAACCUCAACCAGACUCCACUUCACUUGGCAGUGAUAACGGAGCAGCCAGAAAUUGCCGAGACUCUUCUGAAAGCCAGAUGUGACGCAGAGAUCAGAGAUUUCCGAGGAAACACACCACUACAUAUCGCUUGUGAACAAGGUUCUCUCAGAGGUGUUGGUGUCCUCACGCAGUACUGCCAGAAACACCAAGUCCACUCUCUCCUGCAGUCGUCCAACUACAAUGGACACACGUGUCUCCAUCUGGCAUCUAUUCAAGGAUAUCUGGCCAUAGUAGAACGUCUUCUGUUCUUGGGAGCUGAUGUCAAUGCUCAGGAGCCGUGCAAUGGUAGGACUGCCUUGCAUUUAGCUGUUGAUCUGCAGAAUCAAGAACUGGUGUCUCUCCUGCUGAAACAUGGAGCGGAUGUAAACAAAGUAACCUACCAGGGCUAUUCUCCAUACCAGCUUACCUGGGGAAGAAACAACUCCUUCAUACAGGAACAGCUGAGGCAAUUUACCACAUUGGACCUGCAGAUGCUACCAGACAGCGAAGAUGAAGAGAGCUGGGAAUCAGAAUCAGAGUUCACAGAGGAUGAACUCCUGUAUGACGACUGUGUCAUUGGCGGGCAGCAUGUGCCUUGCUAAAGUUUGAAGGUUGCAGGAAGAACAGGCAAACAAAAUGUGAACAAUUACUGAACUACUGCACUGCACAGCACAGAGUCUGCCCGCAGUUUAAUACACGGUUCAAGCAUGAAUGAAUUUUGGUUGUCAAGACACCAGAAGAAGUCUGAGCUCAUUUGCACCAGAGAGUUGAUUGUGCAAAUAAAUGAGCAGAAUGAGAACUGGAGGGUCCACACCUAUGUAGUCACUGCAUGUUCUACAAAAAGGCUGGCCAGAUUGACCAUCUGUUGUGUCCUUUUGGAAGACAUUCCAUAUAUUUCUGUCUGACUGAUAACAAUCCAUUCCAGAGACUGAGCUCAGGUGCUCUUUGUGCUGCACAUCAGACAGAGCUAUUGCAACCCAAAAAAUAUCCAGUUGCCCAUCCACAGGAAGGGUAGCAAUAAUGUUCAGGCUGUAUAUUGCAGGCCCUGUGCUUUGCAAUAUGUGUAUUGUAUUGUAUAUAUUGUAUAUUUUGUGAAUACCCUUUUUUGGUACUUGUGUAUAUUUAUUAAAAAAAUGAGAAAUGCGUUGAA